CGGCAUUCAAAUUAUUUGUACCGUGAGUCGGUAUCCUCUACUCCUUUCUCCACUUUAGCCACCUUAUAAAUAUUCCACGUUGGAAAUUAAGCUAAGCUGGAUUAAAAAUCAAAACUGAUGAGUCAACUAACACGAUGGUUCCUCGGAGUUACUAUAUCUUAUGAAUAAAUAAAAAGAAUAGGGCACUUUACCUAUCCAAAGGCCUCACCCAAUUUUCUGUUCACAAUUGGUAAAUCGAUAAAUCGGGACAAACGCUUGCUUUAACGAAAAAAAAAACAUUCUACUCAAAAAUGCCAAUUGGAAGUAUUAUCAAAAAGGCAUCCAACUUUAUAUUAGGUGAAGAGAGGUGUGAUGAAAAAAUCGAUAUCGCUUACGAAGACAACGAAAUACUUUUUUGCAAAAACAAUGUAUGCAUUCAUCCACCGACCGUGGCACGCCAGGAAUCGGAUAUACUGCACUACCCUGGCUACCUGACGUGCACUACAAAAACCUUUAUAGAUCAGUACAACAGCGCUAAGAGGCCAACAUUGCUGCUCACCUGGAUACCGAACACCUCGCUUUGCAAGUGCAAUUCGACAACCAAUGAGGGGGAGCCUUUAAGCAAUCUACACCAUGAUAUGCUACCUACCAAUGGACACUUCUCGCCCACAGCUCAAGUGGCAGUGCCCGCGCCAAAGAUCGUCGACGAACAGGCCGAACAGGAGAUGGGCGAAGAGAAUGUGGCUGAAAUGCAGGAGUUAAAGAACGAACUGCAACCUCUGCUAGGUGGACAAACGGCAUCUAUAGGAGAUCUGGCUGCUUUGCUCAAAAAGAAUCCAAUUACAUCCGUAAACAUAACCAUUUCGAAUCCACAAAUCGAGAACAGCAAUAUCUCUCAAUCAUACAAUUGCAUCAUUUCGUCCUCCUCGCAGGAGAACGAGGGCAGUCAUCCGUCGGCAAUUGCUCGCGCGAAUCAACCGGCUCAACAGCUCAACUCCGAUGGCUCAGUGUCGGAUGAUAAUAAUCCCAAUUGGAUGACGCCAGAGUUGCUGGCUUUUAAGCAUAAUCUGGUGUUCCCGGAGAGUGCUAAUGCCACGCCUACUGUCCGUCGAAAGGCAGUAAUUAGGGGCAGGAGAUUCUCCGUGGAUCUGAGUCAGAUGCGUUCCUUACGUUUGUUUUUUAACGAUGAUAAAUGCACUUCUGGACAGCUGGUGAUAGCAUCCAGGGAAUCUCAAUAUAAGAUUCUACAUUUCCACUACGGCGGCUUAGAUCAUCUAGCUCAGGUGUUGCAUCAGUGGCACUGUUUUCUACACAAUAUUACCUUAGCUCCAGGACAAGAGAAGAUGAAUUUGCCUUACCGACACUUCAUGGUCUGUCGCCCGGAAGUUAAGCAAUCGGAGAUGCAUCCGGAUGAAGGCAAUGUUAAGAGAAUCACCACAAAUUUCUUCUAUGGCACAUUACUAAAUGAAAAAGGACAAAUUGAUGAUGAUUUGCUGCUGCGCAAGUGCGUUUUCUUUGGAGGCCUCGAGAAGAGUCUGCGCAAAACAGUUUGGCCCUUCAUCCUAAAAUGCUACUCGUUCUCAUCCACAUUUGAGGAUCGAGCCGUCUUGAUGGACAUCAAAAGACAGGAAUACGAUGAAAUAACCCGGAAGCGUUUAUAUUCCAUGUCGCCAGAACAGCAAGUCCAAUUCUGGAGAACCGUGCAGUGUGUUGUUGAAAAGGACGUUGUGCGCACAGAUCGUACAAAUCCGUUUUUCUGCGGCGAAGACAAUCCAAAUACAGAGAUGAUGAAAAACAUUUUGCUAAACUUUGCCAUCUACAAUACGAGCAUAUCCUACUCACAGGGCAUGAGUGAUCUCCUGGCUCCUGUUCUGUGCGAAGUGCAAAAUGAAUCAGAAACUUUUUGGUGCUUUGUUGGCUUAAUGCAGCGAGCGUUCUUUGUUUGCACGCCCACAGACAAUGAUGUCGAUCACAAUUUAAGUUACUUACGUGAAUUGAUCAGGCUCAUGUUGCCGCGUUUCUAUGAGCAUUUGGAACGACACAACGAAGCUAUGGAGCUUUUAUUCUGCCAUCGUUGGCUACUGCUCUGUUUCAAACGAGAAUUCACGGAAGCUGUGGUUAUACGCAUGUGGGAAGCUUGCUGGUCAAAUUAUCUCACUGACUACUUCCACUUAUUUCUCUGCCUGGCCAUCAUAGCUGUCUAUGCCGAUGAUGUGAUUGCUCAGAACUUGCGUGCAGAUGAGAUGCUGCUGCAUUUUAGCUCGUUGGCCAUGUACAUGGAUGGUCAAUUGAUUUUACGUAAGGCACGUGGGCUGCUCUACCAGUACAGACAGCUACCAAAAAUUCCAUGUACGUUAAGUGGAUUGUGCAAGCGUUGCGGCCCGGGCAUGUGGGAUUCGGAGCAUCGUCCUGCACUAGAAUGUGUCGGUCAUACGGAUAACGAGAAGUGCUCAUUGGGCAUUGAUUAAAUAAUUGAUGUGGCUUCUACUGUUGUAUAUCGAGUUACUCUUACUUAUUUACACUUAUAUUACAAUUAUGUGUUAUGAUGAAAAGCUUUCAAGCAAGUGCUUC